UCCUUUGUCUCCGGCGAUUUUAUAACCCGAAGUACCUCAGUCACAGUGAGAUUGUCGUCGAAGAAAGUCACGUAAAAAUGCUGACAUCGAGAAUUCUUACACUAGAGGAGGUCGAGAAGAAGGAUCAGGAGGUAGCUAAUCUUGAGGAAUAUCCACCUGAACUUCUCAUCAAGCACCCACUCCAAAAUACGUGGACAUUCUGGUAUUAUGCACCCGACAGGCAAAAAACGUGGGAAGAAAGUCAAAGAGAGAUCUCUAGCUUCGAUACUGUUGAGGAUUUCUGGGCGUUAUAUAAUCACAUCAUCUUGGCUUCUGAGCUGAAACAGGGCUGCGAUUACAGUAUGUUUAAAAAGGGAAUUCGACCAAUGUGGGAGGAUGAUGCUAAUAAACAGGGCGGAAGAUGGCUCAUGCAGCUGGAUAAGAAGCAGAGGAGCUGUGAUCUUGAUCGUCUCUGGCUCGAGAUACUGCUUUGCAUGAUUGGUGAGGCUUUUGAUGACUACUCGGAUGACGUUUGUGGGGCUGUUGUCAAUAUCAGAACCAAGGGAGAUAAAUUGGCUGCUUGGACGGCUGAUGCUACUAAAUCAGAGAGUGUCUUGGAGAUUGGGAGAAAAUUAAAAGAGCGAUUGGGAAUCCAGCAAAGACAGACGAUAGGAUAUCAAGUACACAAAGACACCAUGGUCAAGGCAGGCAGUAUCACCAAAAAUACGUAUCAAGUUUAGAUGGAAUCCUUCCCUGACUUCAUUGGAGCUAAUUCGUUAACAACAAAUUACGCAUCGAAAAAAAAUUAAAAAUAAAUGAUGUGAGAAAUAUCGAGGCGUUUACCGUGGAAUGGAAAUGUGUUAAGACUACAAAGUAAUUUUCAAAGAAAGCCUUUUGAGCGAAAUGUUCACCCUAUUUCUCUUUCUUUAUGAUUCACUGAUCUUUAGCUCAGACGAGUGACCGUACAUUUAUUUAAAGGAAGAAUUAACUGAUUACAAACUAGAAGAAAAAAUAACUGAGAGGGAAAACAUUGUAUCAUACUUAGAUUUAUUAGGUUUACGUGAAAUACGUGCGGGUUGCUGUAUUUCUGUGUUGCAGAGGUUGUUUCUAAGCCUUAGAAAAUGUAAAGCCCAACAAUAGUUAAUCCUACGAUUAUAUGUACGUUUACUCAAAUUUUCAUUAAAAAAUACACGUAUUCAAUAUAUCGCUAGAA